AUGUUUGAUUUAUUUAAAAAGAAUAAUAAUAAACAAAAAUCAUACUCUUCAAAAUGGAAUGAGAGUGAAAUAUUAAAUGGAAAAUCUGAACAUAGAUUCAAAGCAAAAUAUGAAAACCAAUCAGUUUUAAUUAUAUUAAAUGAAUUGGGUUUAGAAGUUGUAAAUGAUUCAACAAAUAAAUCAUUUAUGGAAUUUCAAUUGGGAGAUAUUAAAACAUUUGGAUGUAGAACAACCAAUUCAAUUUGGGAGAUUGAAGUUAGAGAAGAAGCCAAUAGAUUCAAUAUUUACAAAUUUCACAAUGUCAAUGGUAGACAUUUGAAUUGUAUCACUUCCAAUUUCCUUCAAAACCUUAAAUUUGAAAGAAUGAUAGAGGUUGAAGCUGUCAAAACUCACAAAUUAUCACCUUCUAUUUAA